AUGGCGAAGCAGGUUCGACAGCGGGAGAGCUACCGCGAGGAGGUCUGUCUGAUUCAUCGCAUGACGCUGGGGAUGAUGGCGUGGCCUCCCGUUUCGUUACGAUCCACCCUCCGAACCGCAACCACCACCAGCGCGGUGGAGAAGGACGGGGAAGGGGGGGAAUCCCAGGAGAGGCUGCGGCAGGCGCUCCUCCAAAAGGAGCGCGCGCGGCGGGAGGUGUUGUUUUGGUUGGACGCCAACCACCGCGAGGAGAAACGCACUCGCGCGCUGGAGGCGAGGUUGAGAAGUCUGCAGCCGCACGCCCAUCCCCUGAGCGGCGGUCGCGAGGGAAUCGUCGUGGAGGGCGACCCGAUCGAGGGUGGGGAGACGGCGGCGUCGAAAGGAGGGGUGCGCGCGAUUCGAACGAUGGAGGAUUGGGCGGAUUCGGUCGACGAGCGCCGCGCGAAGGGCUACUCGCUCCACGACGAAAUCAAAAAAAGAUGCGGCGAAACGCGAAACGAAUUCAAUCGCCCGAGCACGGCGUUUUCUCCCGCGCAGCCGAUUUUGGGGAGCGCGCGGGGCCGCAGGCCGCUCACCGCGAAACGCACGAAAUCGCCGAUGAUCACAGUUCAGUACGACGGAUUUCUAACCUCACGGCUGAUGCGGAGUUGUUUUUUCACGGCUCGAUCGUGA